AUGGAAUCAUCAAUAAUGAAGGUUUAUGGAAGCUUACAAGCUGAAUUGGAAAAGGCUAAAGAAGAUUUGAAAGGAGUGGAAGAAAACAUCAAGAAAAUAAUCGGCAGGGAUCCAAAUGAUGGGCCGCCUUCCAGACAAGACAUUUGUUGCAGGACGGUGACAGCGACGACGAGGGGACGCGAACGCCAGGAGGACUCGUGGACUGGACGCGGAGCGGCGGAGGUGGUGCGGCCGUCCGUCAAAAAGAGACUAGGAGAUCCCAAAACUGUUUUCAGCCGGUUAUCCGGGCCGCCACGGUAUCGGCAUGACGAAAACAUGAGUGGAGACGAAGAUAGCACUCCAGUAAAAGGAAAUAAGCCAUCUUUGUCUUCGCAAGUCAACCUUUGCUCGUUUUCGCAGCCCUCUAGACAAGAGGUAAUAACUGCACAAGGAGCCGAUGAGCAUAGCAAAGCCAGGAACCGGAGAAUGUUUGGAGCACUUCUAGGAACUCUUCAUAAAUUCAGACAAGAAGAAACAAGGCUGAAAGAUAGGGAACAAAAGAAAGCUCAGGUCGAGAAGCAAUUGGAAGAAGCUGCUAGAAGAGAGAAAGAUGAACUAAAAAGGGAGAGACAAGAGCUUUUCCAGAACAGGAAACGACGGCAAGCGGAGAUUCGUAAUAUUGAACUGAAAAUGGCUCGAAUUCAAGAGCAAGAGAACUGGGAGAAAUUACAGAAGCCUUUGCUUAAUUUCAUUCAGACUCGAUCCAAACCGUAUCUGUACUACUUGCCCAAAACACACAAUGCGAAGACUGAGGAGCGGCUGGCAUCUAGUCAGAAGUCUGUCACAAAGAUGAUAGAGAAGAAAAGGAAAGAAGUUCAAGAGGAAGUGGCGGCUAUUCUGAAACGGGGAAUGGGUCCUCAUAUGAGCUCGGUUGUCAAUGCUGGUGGAGAAGCGAAGUCCGCCAACGAUCUAGGAAUCGAUUACGAAGAUGAUGAAGAGGAUGAGGAUGUUAAUGACGAAGAAGUCGGUGUUGUGGAUGAGGAAAUGGUUGAGGAUGAUGAUGAUAAUGAUGAAGAGCACGACGAACAAAUGAAUGUUGAUUUAGGAGAUAAAGAAAACAUAGCUGUACUACCAGAUUUGGUGAAAAUAAAGAAGGAAAAAGUUGAGGAUAAUAGUGGUAUUGAUAGCCAACUAUCAGGUAAGGUAGAGUCAGAGUCAUUACAGAGUAAAGCCGAUGGAAAGGUAACAGAAGAAGUUGAACCGUCAUAGCUCUUUCAUAUUUCUCUUGACAAAUCAUGAAGCAUAUUCAUGUUAAUUUCAAAUGAAAAUUUUUUUAAUCAAAUGUCAGCCAGGUUAGCAGAGUAGAGACGACUUAGGCGUACACCCUUCAGUCUGCUAGCGCUACCUGGUCGUGGGUCCUAAUCCCGCCGUUAGGCAUGGGAGAAAACUAAAAUGUGUCACAUUUAAGUUUUCUGGCCGUUUCUAUAUAAUUUAAAAAUAUUCUAUUUCAUUUCGCGUGCAUUUACUCCUCAAUUCUCUCUUUUUUAUGAGUUUUGUGAUCUUGUGAACCAUAUGAUAUUAUUUUGUAGCUUAUUGAUUGCAAGUAUAUGUCAGUUUACGAAAAUUCUCUUAAUCCUCAAUGACAGGCUUGAUAUCUAGCUUGGGGUUCAAAAUUCCACGUACUCUUUCUUUCCAACAGAUCCUAUGACAAUAUUUACAAAAUCAUUAACAUUAUUAGGUAAUUUAUUCUAUAUUUAUUUAUUGAUUCAUUUAUUCAUAUGCAAAUACAAUUCAGGUAAGAACAACAGGCAUUCACCCAAAACUGCUUCAAACCUUAAUUUGGAAUACACAGUCUAUAUAUAGGUUAUGUUACUUACGUAACUUAAAUGAUAACUUGAAUCGUACACAAUUUUGAGUCUAAAAAAUGUAUCUACUACAAUUUUGAAUUUAUCAGAUUGAUCAAUUUCCAAAUACGAAUCCAAACAAAACUCUUCCUUCACAAUUGCAAAAAAUAUUGAAAACUUGCUAAUGUGGUUCAAUCUGUUUUUAUUCUAUGCUGAAUGAGAAAAAAAGUAGAGUUUAUUUCCCUCUCCCUUAUAUUGUUUGAAUUUAAUAAGGACUCAUUCAGCACAAACACAGCAGAUCAGUAUUAAACCACAUUUCAUUUGCAUACAUUUAUCUAUUCAAUUAUUUUCCUUCUCUACUUAGGUCACUCUAAACUCAUUCCUAAUUUUUUUCAAUAGCUUACUAUAAUAUAACCACUCCUUCGGUUUCCUUUGACUAUUCUUCAAUAUCUUGAACUUUGCUUUUCCCUUUAUCUGGUAUGAAGAACUUUAUUUGCUAGUAACACUAAACCAUUUUAAAACCUACUUGUUAUGUCAACAACUGCAGUAAAUUUUCUCCAUCUCAGUAAAACUCAAUAAAUGAUCUAUAAAUGAAUGUAACCAAUACUGUAAAUACAUCUUUUCCUAUCGAAAUUUGUAUCCGAGAAAUGCGAUAUUUUUCUUCAAUUACAUAACUGUGAUAUGAGAUAUUGCUACUGGAAUAAUCAAUGGUGAGGUAGUUUCGUCUGGUGGAUUAUUUCAUUUAGGUACAUGAUAGAAAAAUGUGUAUUUUAACAAACGAAUAUUUCUAUUUUUUUCUAUGUUACCUUUGGAUGGUUUAAACAGUAAACAGUCGACGAAAGAUAUUAUCAUUUUAAAAAUUCUCCCUGUAUUGUAAUCGAGAGUGGUAGAAUCUUUAUUGCAUGUCCUAGGCCUAAAUGUUACUGAAGAUCAUUAUAAUUUAAGAGCAAAGAAGUUCAAAGAUAGACGUGGUGAGCUCAGAUAAUGUAUUAUUUCAAUCGCUUCAAUUAAGCUACCUAGUUCCUAACUUAUGGACAAUUUUUAUUACUGCCUAUGUGAAUUUUUCUGUUUGAUUAAUCUGUUCGUUCUGGAUGUUAGAUUCAAUAUUUACUAUUUUUAUGAAAUUCGCUCUUGAAAAUUUUGAAGUUGAGUGUAAAAAUGGGCCUCACAUUUUCUGAUGGAGGAGGGAGGAAGUGUUAAUAUUCUGUACUAUUUAUUUUGUCAAUUUUAGUGGCUAGUUUUCACUUGACAAUUUCAAUUUACUUGACUUUCUAUUUUCACCUGACUAAUCAAUUUUAGUGGCACGAGGUAGAAUCACUUGCCAGUCAAUUUUCAAGCAUCACGUCAGGUUCAACUAAAAUUCCUUGCAAUCACCAUUAUUAAAAUACAACCACUAGUGUGAUUUUAGUUCACUAUGCAGUAGUUACAAAAAUUUCAAGUACAAAAACCUUUAUUAAUGUACUUUCAAUUCUAAAACUUGAAAGGUUUUAAUUUAUCUUUAGCAUAUAAUUUUAUUCAAAAACUAUUAUGUAUAUUUUCAGGAUGUAUCUUGAUAUUAAAUAAAAAUUAUUACAUUGAA